CGCACGUAGUGAGGGGUAUAUAGAAAGUGCACAAGUAAUUCUGUAGCUAAUAUGCACUUCUGCUGCUACACAUAGGCGUCCUGUUUGUUUAUUAGAAUACCCCAGAUCGGGAAUAUGAAAUCACGCUUUCUUCAUAUCUAUCAACACCGAAUUACUAAAGCUGUGGGGGAGAGUCAGAAUAUGACAGACUACAAACUCCUAGCACAGGUAUAUUUCCUUGGGGGUAUCACUUUCCUCCCGCUUCUCGCCAUCUUGUCGAUAUCAUUCUUUAUGCUUUUGGCACCACGGGAUAAAAAUGAGACCAAGAAAUUGCCUAAAAACCCUAACCAAGAUGCUAAAGUAUCAAAGUCUGGCUGGUUGCAUAUUAAGCGUGACUUCGAAGUUGAUCCCACGCUAUCAGUCGAUGAAUCCUACACAUCGAUGAUCAUCGCAGGAUACAGAUCCUGGGUUGAGCAUAAAGACGUACAACACCGUCCGCGUCCUAAAGCCCGCCAUAUGUUCUGGGCCGUCCUCAAAGCAAGGACGCUGUACGUCUACCAAGAUGAAAGCUGUGACGAAAUCGUCAUAGCACUAAAUAUGGAAUCUAUCAAUGUUGAUAUACAUCCAGAAGGACUUCUAGAUGCUGAGCUAUUCACGAAACGUACCGCCAUUAAACUCACUAUCGAUUACGACCAGGGUGUCUUACUCGACGAGAAAGAAAAGGAAAGCAGCAACGGCGAGAGUGGAGACGUUUUAGAUGUCACCAACAAAGUGAAGCCAUUUUACAUUCAUGCCAUGGGUCUCGUAGAGUAUGAAGAUUGGUACCACGCUCUCAAUCUCGCUAAAGAUCCUACGAGCAAUCCUUACACAGAACCUUCACCUGCAUUUAUAAUUGAAGAUAUGAAGAGACUCGUAAACAAUAUCGAUAAUGACCCAGAUCCAAUACCCACACGCUGGUUUAAUGCACUCCUUGGAAGGUAUUUCUUCGCUAUUUAUCGCACACAAUGGCUGGAAGACUGGAUUAUCGGACGUAUAAUGAAAAAGCUGAAAGUUGUGAAGAGACCAAAGUUCUUAACCAAUAUUAUGGUUACAGAGGCAAAUUUAGGGGAUAUGCCACCUACUUUCUCCAAACCAGUUCUUAAGGAGUUGACGAAAGAAGGUGAUGCGUCAGUUGAAGUUCAUGUCUCCUUCAAAGGAUGCGUCAAAAUCACACUUACAGCGACAGCCACGUUAAACCUAGGUAAUCGUCUUAAAAGUUACUCCGUUGAUCUCGUUUUGGCAGUUGUCUUAAGGAGUUUGGAAGGAAAUAUGAUAAUCAAGAUGAAGAAACCACCUUCAAAUAGAAUAUGGUAUGGAUUCACAGAGAUGCCCGAGAUGGAACUCGACGUGGAGCCAGUCGUAGAAGAUCGUAAGGUCAAAUGGAAUAUGGUAUUGUCUACAAUUAAAGACAAGCUAAGAGAGAUGAUACAAGAAGGGUUGGUAUUACCAUCGAUGGAUGAUAUUGCCUUCUUUGACACAACUAACGAAAUACAUCGUGGAGGUAUAUACGCUGAAACAACAAGACUUCCAGGCACCAAGCAGCCGCAAAACAGACCACCAUCGAUUAAGGAACGUGAUCAGGAAUUAUUAGAGCAUGGUGAUAAGAAAGAAUCUACAGCACCACAAACACUGGAUGGGACUGACUUACCAUCCGGCCUCCCGGGUAUAAAUCUAGAAAGCUACGAGAAGGAAAGCCGAGAAGAUAAAUAUGAAGAACCCCCAUCAACAACAUCAACGGGAAGCACAUCAUCGAAGACUAAAUCAUGGUUUAAUGAGAAAUUCAACAAGGAGAGUUGGCUUGAGAAUCUAAAAAACAAUCACCACCAUCAUCAUCCCACGCAGUCGUCACUUGCAGAUGGAUCUGCAUCUCUAAUCGGCAAGCAUCUUAAGAAGAAGAAGAGUGGUGAGGUGAGCGUGACACAGAGCGACGUCAUUCCAUCGCCUUCUGCUAAGAGCGAGAAAAGUGACAAACUAUCUGUCAAGAGUGAGACCAAUGUGCCAGCGGCAGCAAGUACGAGUUCAUCGCCUAGCUCCUAUUCAGUCUCUUCGAAGGAGAGCGUGAACACGAGCACACCAUCAUCAACAAUAGACGCGAUCAAGGCGUCGCCUAAAGUGAUACAAGCUAAAGAUGCAUUCAAGAAGCUGAACAAGAAGACGAAGAGCAACACAUCACUCAAGAAAGACAAGAAAAUCAAACAUCAGAGAUCACAAGAACAGGUUAUCGACCCAAAUGAGGUACCAAAACUCAAACCAGCCGAGAAACUAAACGAGAGGAUGCAAAUAUCGCGUAGUCAGCCAGUCGUCGGGCUCAAUCUUUCGAAUGAGACGGGAGAGGAGAGCAACGAAUCGAGAAGGCGGUCGAGUGUGACGACACCUCCUAAGGCAUCACCAAUGAUGGCUAUACCUGGUAUACCAAAUGAACGCAAAUCUCAAUCGAAUAGCUCACUUCAAUCAAUGGAAUCGCCACCAGGAUCAAUCUAUAGGGCAUUUUCUAGUCCACGAACAAGCCAUAACGUCACUUCAAGCGUCGACAGUAACAAUUCGAUGAAUGAGGAAAUAAAUGCUAGUCUAUCAAGUUCGCCAAUUAGUAACAGAAGCAGCAAUAGUCGAACGGAGCAGUUGUUGUCACGAAUAAGGACACUCGACCAAGCUAAUAGGACAGAAGAUAAGGAUAAAGAUGAUUAGAUUGUUUACUUUGAUGAUUUUUUACUUUUCUUUGACUUCAUUGGCUUUGUUGGGUGACUAUCCGACGAUCGUUUGUUCUUAUCUGUACGGACAUUACUUUCAUUAUUAUUGUCAUUAUUAUUGUCAUUAUUAUUGUCAUUACUACUUUCAUUAUUGAGAUUAUUGUCGCUAGUUGUAGACUUCUGUUGGAACUGCAAAGCAGCUUUAAUGAACCUGUCUGCAGCUGGUUUGUCUAUGGACUGUUGUGACUGCUGUUUCUGUUCUGAAUGCUUUAUCUUGCCGAACUGAAGCUUUAUCCUAUUCAGCUCUUGUAUGAUAGGGUGUGCGGUUGUGUCUAUACCUCUAACGUUUAAUAGAAUAUAAACUAGAUCCUGUAUAAAGUAAGCUAAAUUUGCUUGUAUUUCUGCCUGCUUUAUUGGUUCAAGACGACCUAAAGUUUCUUCCAAUGAAUUUCCAUCUGUUAGUUCAUUUAGAUGUUUAUUAAAUUCUUCUAAUUUUAUCUUGAAUU